AUGCACGAUCAACGGAGAGUGCGCCGCGAGGUUGACGAGGCCUCGCGGGAGCGCGAGCGCGCCGAGGUGCAGGCAUUCACCUCUCUCUACGACGCCCUGAUGAGGCAACGCGCUGCUCACGUCUACUCGGAGGCGGUCCUGUUGCAGCUGUCGGAGCUGCUCUGCAAGAACCCAGAGGCGUACUCGAUGUACAACUACCGACGCAAUGUCCUGCUGCAUCUUUGGAAGGAAAUGCGGGGAAAGCGGGAGGAAGGCGUCGAGGCAAUCGAGGCCGCCAAAGAAGUCACAGAUAUGGAGGGCGUUCCAAAGGCAGGUGCCUCGCCCCCGUCACGGACUGAGGAAAGGGACCCACGGACCGCCGUAAAAAGAGAGAUGGAGUGUCUCAAGGAGGAAUUGAGGCUAAGCUCAAAGAUACUUCUUCGCGAUUACAAGGUGUACGCCGCGUUUGUGCACCGGCGUUGGAUUUUUGCGCAGCUCAAGCGGCUCGCCAAAGACGCCGUCCUCGCCGCUACUGCCGCAGAUGCCGCCGGUGUCACUGGGCGAGGCCCUUCUGCCAGUGUGGAUUGCCCAGAGGAGGUGCGUUUCUGGUCUUCUGUGCUAAUGAAGGAGAAGGAGCAGUGCGAUGCGUUGCUCGCGGUGGACGAGCGCAAUUUUCACGCUUGGAACUAUCGCCGGUGGGCGUUGCGGGAAAUAGCGCAGAUGGAGGAACUCCUCGCGCGGUACUCCGUCGACGCGGCCGAGGAGGCGGUGCCCAGUGUGAGACAGCAACAAGAAGAGCAGCCCCAGUCACGUGGCGACGCGGGUGGUGCAACACCGCGUGGCUCGUUUUUCACUGCUGACGAGCUGAAGGAGUUGAAGUUUACCACAAAAAUGGUCCAGAGGAACUUUUCCAACUACAGCGCGUGGCAUCAGCGUGGAUUACUCAUCAAAACGGCGCUUCAACGACUGCAGCAAGGGACGGAGGAUGAUGUUACGCGUGACGCCAAAUUGAGGGAGGCGUGGGCGCAGCUGGAGGAGGAGUUGGGGCUUUUUACCACUGCGAUUUUCUGCGAUCCGUCGGACCAAUCGGCGUGGUACUACGUCCAGUUUCUCAGCCGGGCAGCCGACACUUUGCAGCACAUCUCGCCUGCGCACCGCGCUGAGUGUAGCGACUUUAUACUGCGUCCGAUUCAGGCGUGCAUAGAGCUUUUGACCGAAGAAAUGCGGCUGGGCGAGGAGACAGAUAUGUACUGGCCUCGCUACUACCUCUUCAGCGUACUACUCGCCUCCUGCGGUUGCGGCAAUAGCAAUAGCGACACGAAGAACAGGGCGACAGCUGCAGUGACUGCGCUGGCACGCGACAUACGGAGAGCGCUAUGCCACACUGAUUUACCCAGCGACACUAGUGACAUUGAGGAGGAUCGUCUGUGGUGUCUGCGGGAGCUCGCUGCGGAGUUGGUGCGGGCGGACCCUAUGCGUGCCGGCAUGUACCGAAGCCUUCUCGCUGCUGCUGUCAGUUGA